UCACCGAGAGAUUUGUUCGUGCUCCAACGCGUGGAUCGGUGCUGGCGUGACACGAUCCAGAUGUCUCCUGAACUGCAAAAGUCGAUGUUCUACAGGUCAGAAGAGCCACGGACCGCUAUCGCUAUCGACUGGUCAGAUGAGGAAUUCGACGAGAUAGGUCGCCCGAUGCAAGGUCUAAGGGUCUCUGCUCGGCUGCCCCUUACAAAAAUGCCCCCAGGCCAAGAAUGGCGGAUCGGAGCCCGAAUCAACGAUAUGGUGUUCGAGCCUGGCGGUCUUUUCCCAUUCCAUAGGCCACCCAAUAUACACUGGGAGGUGCACGAGCGCCACAAUAAUCUCAUGGACAUGCCAAAGUCUAGUCUAGACCAGCUCACCCGUGCAAGGGCAGGUGAUUCUCGUUGGCUGAUGCACGUCAUACAGCCGCCAGUGGCCGAAGUCUCUUUCAAAAUUCAUGGAAAGCAUCCGCUGCGAUUUCGGCCAAGUCGUACAGUUUGCAAACGAGACUCAGGCGGAGUCCUCGUGCGAGAUAUAAUAGAAGAGCUUGAGCGACAACUCCUCGAUUUGGGCGAACAGCGGAUAAGAGAUGAUGAAUACAUCAGACUCUCUUACAAUUCAGCGAAAACAAUUUGCGGGCAUCCGAUGAUCUCCUUGAACGAAAUGGAGAAUGCCGAGCUGGCAAGGCGCACGCGUGAUGCACCGGUAAAACAGGCAUAACAAUAGCCAAGCUUUUGCAGAAAACAGCCGGCUGAAUAUGGAAACUAUGAGGCUUUGAGCGUCUUGGCUACCUAGUGCUGUCUCAGUUGAGACGAACUAGUUCACCUUCAUGAUUGCAUAGUCUCCUAGGCACGGAAGGGAAGAAAUUACUCAUUUGAUGCCAUGGCCUCAGAUAAAAGGAGUGUUUUCGUCCACUGUUUCUUGCAUCAACCACUACAGGAUCAUCCUCAAAAUGAACUUCCUUCAAUACAUCCUUGGCACUGCCCUCAUGGCAUCUACCUGCCUUUGUCUAGCAAUACCUAAGCCAGUCUGCCACGUCGAUUGCCUUGGUGGGCCCAAGAAGGAAAUACCAACGCCCGAGAACUGCGACCCUAACAACCGCGAAAAGCCAUGCAAAUGAAAAGUGGUCAAGGUUGAACGAGAGACAGAAAUGAUCGACCGCUAGUCCUUGAUGGGCAGUUGUUCAGACAUGGAAGCUGUGAAGUUCAUGGCGUCUUGACUAAGUAGUGCGGUCUCAAUCCAGACCGACUAGUCUAGUCUCAUGAGCACAGGAGAGGAAGG